UUUAUAAGAAGGUUUAAUAAAAAUGAGGUGAAAACUAGAGAAAGAAUUUAGCGUCCAAUGGAGCCAAGAAAGUAGCACAUUUGAACCAAUGGACAGACCUAGAGCUGUAUCUGUGAACUCACCUCCUUCCUUCUUGUCAAAUUUGCAUUGUUCCCAGGAAGAUAUGGUCAGUUCCGAUUCAACUAGGUCAAGGUCCGAAGCGAGUUAUUUAUACGAGUAUAAUUCCCAAAGCUUGCUCAAGAAGGCCGAAUCUAUUAAGAAAUCUGGAAUAUUCUGACAUGAUUCCAUGACUAUGAACUCACAAGAUACUGACAAGUCUCGGAACAUUUCUGCUGAAAUCUCUUUAAAUAAGGUAAAAUCAACUGCCCUCCCAGGGGGUUCUACGAGGACCCACCUCCUGCCAAGGAAGGGUAAUAAGCCUAAUGUAAUGAGAUAUGUUCGUAAGACUUCCGAUCUGUUCUCUCCUCUUGAGAAAGUACCUGUAUCUUUUUCUCUGCCGGAGAAUACCACUUUCUUCAAGGGAGUUCACGAGCUAGAAGGACAGACUUACAUUCUGAAGAAAAUCAGAAUUUUCCUUAAGAACGAAGAAGAUAUCAAAAAUCACUCAGCUUACAAAGAGAUAUCGCUGAUAAAGGACAAUUCUCUACCUGUAGAUAUUAGGUAUGUCAACUCUUGGGUGGAGCUUGAGAAAGGAACUUCUUACGAAAAUUCUGAAAAGUCCCAAGGGAUCUUUGUCAAACUUUGUAUCCAGAUGAGGUAUAUUAACAAUCCAGUCAAACUUGUGAAGGACUUACUCCUCCUCUCCAAAGCUGCAAACAAGAACUAUGAUGAAGACAUGAUCUAUGAUAUGGCUGAGGAUAUUUGUGCUCAACUUAAGCUUGCCAAGAACCAAAACAUCACAAAUGUGUGUGAAAAAUACUGCUGAAAAGAUACAUUGAACAAGAUGCUGGUGAACCCAGAAACAGCUGAGCUCCAGACAUGGAAUAUUUGAUACUAUGAACUCUUUAAUUUAUCAUAACUGUUAGCCCA